GCCUACAUUUAUUAAACGUAAGAAUAAAAAGGGAUCAAAGUGUGCGCUGCAAAAUUAUGAUAUAGGCAGCUAUCCAUUAAAACAAAAUAAAUCAAUCCUAAUGACAGUUAACUACAGGCUUCCAGCUACUAAUGCAUCUGGGCUGUUUAGUUAAACAUAAAUGCAGCAUUCGGUUUGCUAAUGAAAGUUACUGAAGGUUCCUUAAACAAUAUUUGAUCUAAAUCCUCUGCUAACCUAUAAAGUUAUUACAAAUACUGUAUUUGUUGCUACUUAGUCUACCCUCCCAAGAUGGCGACGUCGUUUACGUUCGAAACGGCUCAAUGGACGUUCUGUGACCGGAAAUAGCGUCAAAUGACGCAGGACACGCCCCUCUUAUUUGAACGCGAGGCGGAACUAGCAGUUUUUUUUUGUCUUUUAGCUUUUCUAGCGUGGAAACAGUGCAGCGCAGCUUCGUUUUAGUUGUUUCUGUCGAUACUAAUCCGAACUUAGACUGCUUUCAGCCACCGGAAGUCGAAGCUUGAACGGCUACUGAGAGGAGAAAUGGCGCAGAAAGGAGUUGAGCUGGACAGAGAGAGUUUCUCCUGUUCGAUCUGUCUGGAUCUGCUGAAAGUUCCGGUGACGAUUCCCUGCGGACACAGCUACUGCAUGAGGUGCGUUAAAAACUUCUGGGAUGAAGAAGAUCAGAAAAGAGUCCACAGCUGUCCUCAGUGCAGACAGACCUUCACACCAAGGCCUGUCUUAGUGAAAAACGUCAUGUUGGCAGGUUUGGUUGAGCAGCUGAAGCUGAGGCCUGUCCUGGUGAAAAGCACCGAGCUAGCAGCUCUAAACGAGCAGCUGAAGCUGACUGGACUUGGAGCUGCUCCUCCUGAUCAGAGCUAUGCUGGACCUGAAGAUGUGGCCUGUGAUGUCUGCUCUGGGAGGAAACUGAAAGCUACAAAGUCCUGCUUGGUGUGUUUGGUGUCUUACUGUGAGAAACACCUCCAGCCUCAUUACGACGUGGCUCGGCUAAAGAAGCAUCAGCUGGUGGAGCCCUCCAAGCAGCUCCAUGAGAACAUCUGCUCGCUGCACGAUGAGGUGAUGAAGAUGUUCUGUCGCUCCGAUCAGCAGAGCGUCUGCUACGUCUGCACGGUGGAUGAACAUAAAGGCCACGACAUCGUCUCAGCUGCAGCAGAGAGGAAGGAGAAGCAGAAGGAGCUGGAGGUGAGGAGGGAAGGAAUCCAGCAGAGGAUCCAAGAUGGAGAGAAAGACCUGGUGCUGCUUCAGCAGGAGGUGAAGACCAUCAAUGACUCUGCUGAUAAAGCCGUGGAGGACAACGAGAAGAUCUUCACUGAGGUGAUCCGUCUCAUUCAGCAAAGAAGCUCUGAGUUGAAGCAGCAGAUCAGAUCCCAGCAGGAAUCUGAGGUCAAGCGAGUCAAAGAUCUUCAGGAGAAGCUGCAGCAGCAGAUCUCUGAGCUGCAGAGGAAAGAUGCUGAGCUGGAGCAGCUCUCACACACAGAAGAUGACAACCAGUUUCUGCAGAGCUACCCCUCACUGUCAGCUCUCAGUGAGCCUAAAGACCCGUCCAGCAUCACCGUUCGUCCUCUCAGGUACUUUGAAGAUGUGACAGCAGCUGUGUCAGAGCUGGGAGAGAAACUUCAGGACGUCCUGAGGGACAAAUGGACAAACAUCUCACUGAGAGUCACUGAAGUGGAUGUUUUACUGUCAGAACCAGAACCGAGGACCAGAAAUGACUUCUUAAAAUACUCACAGGAAAUCACCCUGGACCCAAACACAGCUCACAAGAACCUGUUCCUAUCUGAGGUGAACAGAAAAGUGACCUUAGUGCGUAAACAAUGUGGUUAUCCAGAUCACCCAGAGAGGUUCUGUGUUAGGUAUCAGAUCAUGAGUCAGCAGAUUCUGUCUAAGCGCUGCUACUGGGAGGUGGAGUGGGGCCAAUGGGGAGGUUGUGUAGCAGUCGCCUACAAGGAUGAUUAUAAGACAAACAUGGUAUUUGGAUAUAAUGACAAAUCCUGGGCUUUAUUUUGUCACCAAAGUAAUAAUCAGUUGUUGCACAACAAAAUAGAAACUCCCAUCCCAGGUUCAAAGGUCACCAGAGUUGGAGUGUACCUGGAUCAACCAGCAGGUUCUUUGUCUUUCUACAGCGUCUCUGAGACCAUGACUCUGCUUCACAGAGUCCAGACCACCUUCACCAAGCCGCUCUAUGCUGGAAUACGACUCUACUUAAUGUUCGGAGACACAGCUGAGAUCUGUAAACUGACAUAAUCAGUUUUAUUUUUCCUCUUUUCUGUAGCUGAAACUUAGAACCGUCCUUUAAAAAGUCUAAUUGUAAAAAAAGUGAAAACCUGACGUGUAGCGACCAGCCAGAUGUUACAUGCUUCCCUCCAUCUGGUCAUCUAGAUCCAUCACAUUACUCUACAUCCCAUGCAUCACAUAGUCUUCUAGGUGGUUUCUGUGCAACAUUUAAAAUCCUACCAGGAAAUAAAAAAUUGGCAAAAACACAACCGUAAAAUGUUCCAAUGAGCUCAAAACCAGCAGUAAUCAUCACCUAAAAAAGGAUUAAGUCUGAUUACUGACCUACAUUUUCCUGACUCUUUUCUCUCUCGUCCUUCAUCUCAAUGUCUCACCUCACUCUGUGAGCUUUAAAGACCCCAGCCUCUAAAAAUAUACACCCAGUGUGGACGUCGCCUGCACGUUUGCCAGAUAAAUCUCAUAAAGUUGUUUGUUAUUGGGGUUUUAUAUCAUGUAUAUUUGUUGCUCAAGGUUCACAAAUGUGUUUGUGGAACAUCGUUGUCCCAAAAGCAGCUGUUAGCUGUUAUUCAGGGGAUUGUUGGACUAGUUAAACCUCCCUUUGUUUUUCCUUUUUGUUUUGUUUUUUGUAUAUUGGUGCUGAAUGUUUUAAUUUUUUUUCUCUUUUGUUUAAACAUUGAAAGAAAGACUAAUAAUCAUUCCUUCAUCCAAUCAGAUUUUAGUCUUGCUAAGUUUCAUUAUUUCAUUUGGGCAAAAAAUGAUGCAUAGUUGAAAUGUGGUUGUUUUUGCUUGAAAUAAUUUUGUUCUCACAAAAAUAAAAUUACAGAAUAAACCAGUCA